GGCAGUUGACCCGGAAGUUUACGUCAUGUUGUCUUCUCCCAGCAACGGAGCCGUUAGCCGCAGGUAGCUAGCCGCUGGAAGCUAACUGUUGUUCUGAGCUCGGAGAUAAAUUAACGGACACAGAUUCACCCUCUCAUCAGCACGAUGGCUGAAGUAGAAGAAACUCUGAAGAGGAUCCAGAGCCAGAAAGGAGUUCAGGGGAUUAUCAUUGUCAACUCAGAGGGAAUCCCCAUCAAGACGACUCUGGACAACUCGAGCACGGUGCAGUACGCCGGACUCAUCCACCAGCUGGUGAUGAAGGCUCGCAGCACCGUACGAGACAUCGACCCCCAGAACGACCUCACCUUCCUCCGCGUGCGCUCCAAGAAGAACGAGAUCAUGAUCGCUCCAGAUAAGGACUAUUUCCUGAUCGUCAUUCAGAACCCGUCGGACUGAAGACGGAGGAACUGCCGCCCGACUCAUUACUCUCUUCGUCUCUCUUUCAUAUUUAAACAGCCAAACAUUUCUUUGUCUUUGCGAAAUCAGAAGAACCAGAAGCUUUUUAUGCACUCGCUGUACGGACGGGAAGUAACGACAGGAUGAGCUGUACGACGGUCGAUCUCUCCGCAGGCAAAUUUAUUUUUUCCCCAUGUUUUAGCAUUCCAGUUCGGUCUUCUCUCUCUGCACACGGUUUGUUCUGUCACUGCGUUUAUUACACAGGUAUGUUAGCACCGCUGCUAAAAUACCUGAACGUUUCAAACUGUAUUCAGUGCACAGUAUUCGAGAGAGAGAGAGAGAGAGACAGCAACACAUCUUUAACUUUGAGGAUUGUUUUUUUUCCAGUUCUGUCUUGAUGGAAAAGUUCAGAUUUUAAUUUAUUUUGUUGGUAAAAGAUGUUGAAGUUCAGUAUUUCACUGGUGAGCAGCGAACUACACUUAAAAAAAACACUUCUCUGUUGUUUCUGAUGGUUAUUUUAAUGAAUUAAGAAAUAAAAAAAAAUGUCAGAAUG